AUGAACGUCCCCUCGAACUCCUGUUUGUUCUGGCGCGCCGCCUUUUGCUCCUUCUGCUUGGGGUCGUUGGGCGCCAGUUCCGGCUCCUUGUGGCAGCAGACAAACGCGCACGCGCGCCAUAACAGCACCACCAACAACCCCGCAAGGAACGUGAAUAUCGACGACAGGAGAAAGCACCACCAUUUUCGGACACUGAGGCAGUCUUCAUCGUCACUGAACUCGCCAGUCGACGCGGUAGUCGCCUCUUCCUCGGACGAAGCCAUUCCCCGAGGGCGCGAGGCAUCCAGUCAGGCGCGCCAUGCACGUGCAGCGAUGCGCGCUCCCGCACGCCUUGACCGCGCGCGACUGAGCGACGGCGCCCCGCCCCGUCCCGCCUCCGCGGUCGAUGGAACGCGAUCGAUCCGCGCCGGCGCGAAACGCACUGCACUACCGACCUGA